UGCAUACAAGAAAAAGAGAUCUCUUUAAUUAUUUGGUUAUUUGAGAGCAAAUACGGCAACUUGAUUGUUGAAAUUCCGAUCAAUGGAGGAAGGAAAGAAGAGGGUGGCAACUUUGGUUGGGUGCAACUACGCCAACACAAAGAACGAGCUUCAUGGAUGCAUCAAUGACGUGAUGACCAUGCGUGACUUGCUGGUGUCUCGCUUUGGGUUCAAACAGGAGGAUAUUGAGGUCCUCACAGACGCCCCCGACUCCCCGAUUUUGCCCACCGGUGCCAACAUCCGGCGCUCACUGGGGCGCAUGGUUGCCAACGCCAAGCCAGGCGAUGUGCUCUUCUUCCACUACAGCGGCCAUGGCACUCUCAUACCAUCUGCUUGGCCGUUUCACCAUGGAUUCAAAGCUGAUGAAGCUAUUGUUCCCUGUGAUUUCAACCUCAUCACAGAUUUGGACUUCCGGCAGUUGGUGGACCAGCUGGCGUGGGGAGUGAGCUUCACGAUCAUCUCGGACUCAUGCCACAGUGGUGGCCUCAUUGAUAAAGAGAAGGAACAGAUUGGCCCUUCAAGUUCAACCAUCAUCAGUGAACUAGCAUCUGAUCCCGUGCGCGAUCAAAACCACAAGCCGAAGCUCAUUCCAUUUGACUCGGUGCUGCAACACCUCUCCUCCCUCUCUGGGAUUGUUUCUUCUCACAUUGGUGACCACCUCUGGCACCUCUUCGGGCCCGAGAUGAGUGCCAGUUUAAUAAACAGAAAAUUGCCCGUAAAACCAUCAUCAUCAUCAUCAUCCUUAAAAAGACCCGCUGAUAAAGAUGACGGAAUAUUACUUAGUGGAUGCCAGGCCAACGAGACAUCAGCCGACAUGAGCCCUGAAGGGAAUAAUGAAACAAGGAAGGCUUAUGGAGCAUUUAGUAAUUCCAUUCAGAUGGUUCUGAGAGAGCAUGAUGGGGUGCUCAGCAACAGGGAACUGGUAAUUCGGGCGAGGCGUCUGCUGCUAGAACAGGGCUUCGCUCAGCAGCAUCCAUGCCUCUACUGCAGUGAUGACAACGCAGAAGCCCCUUUCCUGUGGCAGACUGGGAACGUGAAGAUCAACUCAACUCUCUGAGAUACGUGCAUGCAGCAUGAUCAUGCAUGCCAUUGUUCUAUCUGAUACGAUAUUGGUAAUUCAUUUCAUUUCAUUUCAAACACAAUAAGACCCAACAGAGAGUGUUCAUUCAAAUUGAAAAA